AUGCAACAUGCAUUUUUUACUAUAUAUCUUCCUCACAAGAAUCGAUUCUUGUUCAAGCACUAUUUGCUUUGGUCGACUGGAUGGCCAUGGCCUAUACCGUGGUUCCGACCGUUUCCCGUGGUGCGGCUGAAUCGGUUGUUUCGGCUGGAUAGGGUGCGUGACUGCAUCGAACGAACGGAAACCAGGAGUUCGAUGCCGAAUGCCUUCCGAGUGCUUUGUGUCGUAUGGUACAUAAUAGUUAUCAUACACUGGAACGCUUGUUUCUACUUCUGGAUAUCGGAAAUGAUUGGCCUAGGAUCUGAUGGAUGGGUGUAUGGACCUCUGAACAAACAAAGCUUGCCUGAAAAUGUCAAGGAUACACUUCUUCGUCGUUAUAUCUACAGCUUUUAUUGGUCUACACUGAUUCUGACUACAAUUGGAGAGGUUCCUGGACCCGUUCUAAAUGUAGAAUAUUUGUUCGUGACGUUGGACCUUAUGUGCGGCGUUCUUAUUUUCGCUACCAUCGUCGGUAACGUCGGAAGCAUGAUAUCCAAUAUGAGCGCUGCUCGAACAGAAUUCCAGAACAAAAUGGAUGGCAUAAAGCAGUACAUGGAACUGCGCCGAGUUAGUAAACAGCUGGAAACAAGAGUGAUAAAGUGGUUUGACUACCUUUGGGCAAACAAGCAGUCGUUGAGUGACCAGCAGGUCUUGAAAGUGCUUCCGGACAAGCUGCAGGCUGAAAUCGCUAUGCAAGUGCACUUUGAAACCCUAAGGAAGGUUCGCAUCUUCCAGGAUUGCGAAGCUGGACUUUUGGCCGAGUUGGUGCUCAAGCUACAGCUUCAAGUAUUUUCUCCUGGAGAUUACAUCUGCCGAAAAGGAGAUAUUGGAAGAGAAAUGUACAUAGUUAAAAGAGGCAAGUUGCAAGUUGUUGGCGAUGAUGGGCAGAAGGUUUUCGCAACACUGCAGGAAGGUGCUGUUUUUGGAGAGCUGAGUAUUCUGAACAUUGCAGGAAGCAAAAACGGCAACCGCAGAACAGCUAACGUCCGCUCUGUUGGUUAUACUGACUUAUUUGUGCUCAAUAAAAACGACCUGUGGAACGCACUGAGAGAGUAUCCAGACGCUAGAAAGUUGCUUUUGGCAAAGGGCCGAGAGUUGUUGAAAAAGGAUAACCUUCUGGAUGAAAACGCGCCGGAGGAGCAACAGACCGUCGAAGAAUUAGCCGAGCAGCUCACCAAUUCUGUCAAAGUCCUACAAACGAGGAUGGCUCGCUUAAUUGCCGAACACACGAGCACUGAGACAAAACUCAAUAGCCGUAUUGAGUUCCUGGAGAAACAACUGCGCAGAUACAAAACUGCAGUUAGAAGACAGAAAAGCUUGCAAGUACAUUCAAUGAGCCAAGAUGAUUCGUAA